CACGUAUACUUAUAUAAAAGUGUCAUCGGGCCAGUCUCGCGGAUAGUUAGGUGCUGCGCAUCGAGCGAACAUGAUCGAGUUUCUGGUACUAUUCCUUGGCGUUUACGGGGCAUUGGCGGCUCCACAUGAACCCCAUGUGAGUCAUGAUCCUCAUCUGGACAGUAACGCGGAAGUGGUCGACAGUGAGCUGCGGUUUUACGGUACUAACAAUCUAAACGAAAAGGCACUUCCAAUAUCUCGCUUAUACGACACGGGGACGAAUAAUCUGCCGGCGAGGAAUAAUCUGGCGGAGAGAUCUCAAGUAUCUCAACGACUUCCCGGAACGGCGAAUCUGGCGGAAAAGCGAAUCCCUGAUGUCAUCCUGAAGAGAUUGUCGCAAGUGCCUGAUGUCAAGUAAAAAGAAGAAAAUCGGGAUCUAAGAUGUAAUACUUUGCUGACAAUAACAUUUAAAAUACAUUUGGCUAUCGUCACCAUUAUAUCUGGAUAAUGCAUUGCAUAUAAAUUGCACGAAUGUUUUUACUAAUGAAAUCACAGAAGAUUAAAGCACAUUUCCAAUAUUUAAAAUUUUAUUGAAAAAAGAAAGUAAGAAACUUUUUGAAAAUUGUAUGGAUAACCACGUCACGAUUAUAUCAUUGUGCAUAUGCAUCACAUUAAUAAAGAAGGAAAUCUAAAUGGAAGUCUCUGAAAGGAUACAAGUUAUAUGAAAAUGGAGAGUUAAUACAUACUACUGGUUAUAUAAUUUUUAACAUCUUAUUGAAAUUAACAUAGAAUGAUUAAUCAAUCAUUUUGGAAGAUUUAUUAAUAAAUGAAUAAAUAAUCCAAAAUAA